UAUAGCGACUACUCUGACAGUCCUCCAGCACCGAUAAAUCAGUGGUUCUCAACCAGGUCACACAACUAGGUCACUGGGAACUGAAAGACACCCACACCUGGAAAACGCCUAUCCCCGAGGUUCUGGUUUCAUGGGUUAGGGUGCAGCCUGGGCGUCAGGACGUUUCCCAGGCUCCCAGGUGACUCGGCUGUGACCCCGAGAUGGACAGCUGUUCCCCGACACGCUAGGGAUGGUCUCUCAGGGGAGCGACCACGAGGGGGUCUCGUCCUUAAAGGGUCCCCUGUCUUUCCCCUGAGGCUCACGUUGGGUGUAGAGGCGGUGCCCGACCCCGCCAGCCCAAACCCUUGCCCAGGGUCCCCCAGGAUCAGGGACCUGAUGAACGUGAGCUUCCGUCUCAUGGGUGUCUGUUUCUCAUCCAGAAAUUGGCUUCAGAGACACAGAAAAGGAACGGGAACUUGUUUGAACAAAAGGAGUUUUCCCUCGGUCACGCCAGCCUAUAAGCCUGCAUAAAGCAGCCAGAGUGGCCCCUCCCCUCCCUGGCAAAGGUGUAAAGGCUCCGUGUUUACCAGAGUGGCUCCUACGAGGACAAAGGGUGUGCGCGCUCCCCACCCAGGAUGUCCUAGCGGUCCGUCUCGCUGCUGUCCCAUGUCCAAGCGGCAGGACCUGCUGCAGCUCCCCGAGGGCCCGACCCACCGCCAUGAGGUCCUGCCUGUGGAGGCUCGGGCACCUGCGCCAAGCCGUGUGGCUCCUGAUGGCAGUCGUGUUGAUUUUCUUCCUGUUCUCCCUGCCCACCUUCGUCAAGGAACCUAACGCGAAGCUCGCCAGGCCUCAGGGUAGAGAGGGCAUUAGAGAAAGGUCUUUCGAGUGGCAUCAGACGGCCACGCCCCCAGCACCCACCGUGGAGAGGAAGACCCCCGCCCGUGGAGGGUCCGCGCAGGGGAGCAGCACACCGAAGCAGCGCCCCCAGGCCACGGGCCACACGGAAGCCAGAGCACCCAGCAUGGCGAGGACCGCGUCGGUCAAGAGUCAGGAGAGAAAGGACACCACGGUGGGCAUGCUGUCCCGGAGAAGUCAGGCCAGGGCGAGGGCCUCCAAUGGGACUGAGGCACUGUCGCAGACGACGCAGGACAGGAGGACCCCCGAAGGACAGAGGGGCGAGAACAAAGGGCCAACGGCCGCGAGGACAGCACCCACGGAGCCUCGGGCACCUGUUCCGGAACGUCGGGCUGAGGGGCUCGCCACCAGGGCAGCAGGGCCGCCCCCAAGGAAGACGAAAGGAGGGGCCACGGCCACGGUCCCACCCAAGCCGCCAGCCCAGUCUGCCCCGAGCUCUGCGCCCUCCCGGGGCCCCACCACACAGAAGGCCCCGAGGCUGCAGGCCGCCAGCUUCAAGUCUGAGCCCAAGUGGGAGUUCGAGGAAAACUACAGCUUCGACGUGGGGGGCCUACAGACGACCUGCCCCGACUCUGUGAAAGUGAGAGCCUCCAAGUCGCGCUGGUUCCAGAAGCUCUUCCUGCCCAACCUCACCCUCUUCCUGGACUCCAGACACUUCAACCGGAGCGAGUGGGACCGCCUGGAGCACUUUGCACCCCCCUUUGGCUUCAUGGAGCUCAACUACUCCUUGGUGCAGAAGGUGGUGACGCACUUCCCUCCAGUGGCUCAGCAGCAGCUGCUGCUGGCCCGCCGCCCCGCCGGGAGCACCCAGUGCGCCACCUGCGCUGUGGUGGGGAACGGGGGCAUCCUGAACAACUCCCGCGUGGGCCAAGAGAUAGACAGCCACGACUACGUGUUCCGACUGAGUGGAGCUGUCACCGAGGGCUACGAACAGGACGUGGGCACUCGGACGUCUUUCUACGGCUUCACCGCCUUCUCCCUGACUCAGUCACUGUACAUCCUGGGCCACCGGGGUCUCCGGCACGCGCCUGUGGGGAAGGACAUCCGCUACCUGCACUUCCUGGAAGGCAGCCGGGACUUCGACUGGCUGGAAGCUCUGCUCCUGAACCAGACCCUUGAGAAAAGGAGCCUUUUCUGGUACAGGAAAAGGCCCCAGGAAGCUUUCCAGGACACGGUGCAGCUGGACAGGUACCUGCUGCUACACCCAGACGCCAUCCGCUACAUGAAGAACAGGUUUUUGAGGUCUAAGACGCUGGACACUGUCCACUGGAGGAUAUACCGCCCCACUACGGGGGCCCUCCUGCUGCUCACUGCCCUCCAGCUCUGCGACCAGGUGAGUGCCUAUGGCUUCAUCACCGAGGGCCACGAGCGCUUCUCGGACCACUACUACGACACAACGUGGAAAAAGACGGUCUUCUACAUCAACCACGACUUCGCCUUAGAGAGAACGCUCUGGAAGCGGCUGCACGACGAAGGCAUCAUCAGGCUGUACCAGCGUCCCGAACCUUCCCCCCGAAGACCUGACCAGGGCCGUUCCGAGGCCGGGACCAGGCUCCCAGCCCCUCCAGGCCACUGAGGGGACGUGUGUCCAGAGGUGCCAGGUGGCAGAGGCUUUGGAGACCUGGGACCGUGGCUGAAGGUCCUGUUCCCAGGAUGGGGAAGAAGGGCUUCUUCCUUGAGACCAAAA